CGUCGUGAUCACUUUGGUUCAGAAUGAAAUGGUAUUGGAACCGUCAUUCUUCCAAGCCUAGGACGACUUACUGUUUCUUUUGUCCACAGAAAACUCUAAUAGACCCCCAUUCUCUUAUUUGUCCAGUUUGUGAACAAUAUAAUGGAGUGGAAGACAACCAACCUCCCCCACAACAACCGAAGCACUCCUCUUCUCCAAAGCGCUUUUGUGUUCCUUUACGACAAACCCAACAUUCAUUCCGGAAUUUUCUAUGUUGGGAGUGUUAUCAGAAACAAGAACUAUGGAGAAAAGCUAUCGCUAAUAUCCAUAGUUGCUCUGAUGACCAACCAUCUGAUGAUAUGCAAUUGACUCGAUACGAGAAAAGAGAAUUGGAAAGAAUUGAACAAAGCUAUGACUUGUGUCAGUUUUGUAAAGCUACUGUGCAACAACGUUUAUCGUGGAUGGACCAAAAACUAUCCAGUCAGUGGUAUCUCAACUUUCAUAUGUCUCGUUGUUCCAUUUCUCGAACAACUCAUAGUAAAAGAGAGAAUAGGAGAGAAUCGUGCCUUCUAUGGUUGAAUAAUCUGAUAGCAUUAGUUCUUUUUAUGAUUGGGUAUAUCUUAUCUAGUCAGUUAUAUAUGAGUAGCAGUAUUCUAUUCCGGCUAGUUCCUUGGCUCAUCAUGGAUAGUAUCUACAAGUGGCUAUAUUGUCCAUUAUUAUAUCCUUAUUUAUUUUGUGGUUAUUGUAUAUUAUCAAGUAUUUUGUUGUAUAAGAAAUGGUUAUGGUACAAUAGGACAAGUUGGUGGAUAUAUGAAAUAGGGAUAGGUGGACUUUACUUGUUACUUUUAUGGAAAAGAAGAAACACGAGUACAAAGAAACAAUCAUUCUUAUCACAGUCUUGGAGUCAUUCUUCUUCAUCAGAUACUCUUCUUUUGACUGAUAGAUUGUAUCCAUUACCUCAAGCUAUAUCAACAUUAUCUUUGGAAGAUAAUAACUUGUCAUCUUUGGAUACUCUUCAAGGAAAUAGCAAUGGUCAUUCAACUCGUUUUUCUAUUCGUUUCAAUUCUUUUUAUCAAAGAUGGAAGAAUAGGUUUUCCUAUUCUAAGAAAAAUAUUUUGGUAUUCUUAUUUUUGGUAAUACGAAUACUUGGUUGGAUAUCUCUUCCUAGUAGUAGUAUUCAUAUAGAAUUAUGUUUGAAUGUAACCAGUUGGAUCAUCUUCAUUCUGAUAGGGCUUUAUCCAUGUUCUCAAUGUAUUCAUAUUUAUCAACAAAUAGCGCAUCAAACAUCUUAUCAUCCAUUUGAUAGUAAGCUCUAUCAACAAUGGAAACAUCCAUUGUGCAACUCACUCCUUUUGUAUGGUUUACAAAGUAUCUCGAUGGCCUAUUUCAUGAUGAAUAUGUUUUGGAGAGAUAUAUCUCCAUGGGUUGAGACUAUAUCUCAAAGUGUAUUUUGGUUACAUUUGAAUACUUAUUUCAAACAAUUGGUUUAUUUUUUGUUACAAGAAUAUGAUAUUCUUUUGAGUAUUGUGCGGGUUAAUGCAUUUAUGAAAUCGAAGCUAUUACAAGUAAGUUGGCAUGAGAAGCAGCCUAUAUGGAGUAUAGAUAUAAGUCCUUGUACUGGUCGUUUAUUAACUACAGGUAGUGAUAGAGUGGGUCGUUUAUGGCUAUUUACUAUUCAAGACUCACUUGAAUACAACUUGCAGUGGAUAGGUGACUUGAAAGGACACGAUAGUACUGUGAACGUGGGUCGUUUCAAUCCCAAAGGAAAUAAAGGAAGAUAUGACGAAGACUUGAUAGCAACAGGAAGUGAUGGUGGUACUAUUGUAUUAUGGGAAAGGGUGACAGAAGACUCCCUUAUUGUGGACCAUAAAAUAGAAGAAACUUUAGAACGUUGGAGAAUCCACCAUAUUUUAAGAAAGCACUUGGAAGAUGUUUUGGAUCUUCAGUGGAGUUGUUGUGGUAGAUAUUUGAUAUCUGGCUCAGUUGAUAACAAAGUGAUCAUAUGGGAUAUCUAUCAUUGGAAUGCCACUCGAGUGUUGGAAGGUCAUCAUCAUUUUGUACAAGGAGUAGCUGUAGACCCAUUGGGAGAAUAUUUCUCUAGUCAAAGUGCUGAUCGAAGUGUGAGAAUAUAUCAAAAAACAAAGAAUAAGAAUGGUUCCUUUUCUUUUCCUUGUAAGAAAAGUAUUGGGAAGAUAGAAAAUGAAGAUUGUCUUUCUUCAUCACUCUUUUUGAGACAACAUCUUUUCUUGGAUGAUAGUCAUCGUUGUAUGUUUCGUCGUAUGGAUUGGUCUCCUGAUGGUUCCUUUUUGAUUUGUCCUGCAGCACAAAAUAACGAUUUACAACAACAACAACAACAAGAAAAAAAAGGAUAUGAUAAACCUUAUGCAGCUUUAUUAUUUGCCAGAGGAUAUUGGGAAGCACCUAUUUUUCAGUUUCUAGGAUAUGACCAACCUGCUAUGAUAGUAAAAGUAUGUCCUUUAUUAUGGGAAAGAACAUACAGAAUGGAGAAAGAUGACACAAUUCAAUUGCCUUAUUAUAUUAUUUUUGCUAUUGCUACUUUGGAUACCGUUUUUCUAUACAAUAUCGAUGAACCAUUUCCUAUUGGAUAUGUCAAAGGAAUGCAUUGGCAGCCUAUUACCGAUCUUUGUUGGUCUCAAGAUGGCCAUUAUUUAUUGGUUUGUUCAAUGGAUGGUUAUCUUUCGGUUAUCUAUUUUGAGUCGGAUGAAUUGGGAAAAGUGUUGGAUAUGACUACACAUCCAACAAAACUUGAGAAUCAAAAGCAACCACCCAAAAAUAGAAUAUCCAACACAAGAUAUAUUACUCAAUGGAUAACAUCUCAACCCAAACGUAUGAAAACAAAAUAAAAAGAAUCUUCAAUCAUCCUCUAUAAUACGGUUGAGGGAAACAUUCAUCAGUUGUUGUUGCCAUGUUUUCUUAGCUAUUCGAGUAAUCACAUAAACUAUCAAAGUAGAAAUAAUCAGACCCAUCAUCAACUCAUACCAUCGAUGUUGAUGCCAAG